AUGAAUAUUAAUGUUUUCUUUAUUAUUUUAAUACUUAUCCAUGUAAGUACUCACAUAUAUUAUAUUAGAUGUGUAAAGGUUAUAUGUAAUAAUAACUUCUUAACAAAAUGGAAUAAUAGAUCAUCCAUUAAGAAUAAAGGAUGUAAGUCAAAAAUAUAUGGUAAUAUAUAUAAAAAUAAAAAUAAAAAAAUAUAUAGCAAUAUAUAUAUUGAUAUAUAUAAUAACCUUUGUAAGAAUUUAUAUACAAAACGAAAUAUAUACCUUUGUUAUAAUAAAAAGAGAAAAAUACAAAAAAAAAAAAAAUGUGCCCAUAUAAAUGACAUUGAAGAAAUACGAAAAAAGGACAUAAACGAAUAUAUAAGUAAAUUUAAUUUUUUCAAGUUAUAUUAUUACAAUACAUACAAUUGUUUAAAUAAAAAAUGUGUAUCCUUUAUAUCAUGUUAUAAGAGAGACUUUUGCUAUAAAAAAUUAUUGAACAAAAGGAUAUGCCAUUUAUUCGAAAAGAAUAAUAAUGAUAAAUACAUAAAAAAUUUGAAGUCUCUUAAAAAAAUUGAUAAUACAAUAUUAGGAAAAAAGUUUGAUGGAAAAGAAGAAGAAAUAAUUCAUGAGAUUCCUGAGAAAUUUUUAAAUUCAUUUAAAUGGGCCUUAGAAUAUAGAUUAAAAAAUACAAAUUGUAAUUUUAUGAGAAGACUAAAGGUAUCUAGAAAAACAAACGAACCUUUAAAGAGUUUAGAAAAUUAUGCUGUAGGUUAUAAAGAAAAUUUAUUAGCCAUGUUACAAAAAGAAAAAAAUUUCUUUCUUAAUGUUAUACAAAAAUUGAAAUCUAAAGAAUAUUUUAAUUUUGAUAUUUAUAGUAUAUUUAAAUUCCUUACUAUAGAUAUACGCUUUUUAUUUUAUCCAUCAUGUCAUGACGAAUCAGCGAUAUUUUAUCUGAUAUUUGGAAAUCUAGAAAAAUCAGUCAAUUUCUUUUUAAAAAAUAAACAUACAGUUGAUUUUUCAUUAAUACAAAAUGAAAAAAAUCAAAACCAUAGAAACACUUAUACAAAUAUCAUGCUACAGCCUGUUAAAGUUAACUAUGUUUUUGUUAAUAAUGAAAAAGGUAAGAAAAACGAACACAUCAAAAAUGAUCAAGAAGAAAACCAAAAAAUUGAUGUGGAAGAAAAAAUAACACAAGAGGAUAAAGAGAAAAAUAUCGAACCAAAUAAAUUAGAAUCUCAUAAUAAUCUUUUAAAAGAUUAUGAAGAAAUUAAUACAUCAGCAUGUGUUGAAGGAAAGUUUAAUUACUUCCUAAAUAAUUAUGAAAGAAUUGAAUUUUUUUUCAAACAUUAUUUUAAAAAUAUAAAAGAUUUAAAAGAUUUUUUUAAUACGAUAAACGAAAAAGAAAAUAGGAAUACCAAAGAUAUUGUAAAUUUUGAUAUGGAUGGAAAUACUAUUAUAAAAAAAACAAAUGUACUAGAAAAUGGAAUCAACAUAGAAAUGAUUAAAAAAAUUAUUUACACAUCACCUAGAUUAUCACUUAUUAAUAAAAAUACAAUUAUUAAAAGAUUAAAACAUUAUAAAAAUGAAUUAGGUUAUGAUUACAAAGAAUUACAACAUAUAUUAUAUAAUAUACCACAAUUUUUUGCAUUUGGUAAUUUAAAAAAAAAAUACAAAGAAUUAUUAUAUAUACAUGAAACCAUAAAAGAAAAAGAUUUACAAAAACUAAUUAAAAUGUAUCCAAGAAUAUUUACAUAUAAUAUCUAUAGAACUAUAAGACCAAAACUUUUAUAUUUAAUUCUACAUUUAAAUAAACAUUUUCAUGAUACCUUAUUAUUCCCACAAUAUUUUAGUUAUAGCUUUAGAUUAAGAAUAAUACCAAGACAUAUAGCCUAUAUGAAUAUUUAUUAUGAUGAUUAUAUAAAAUAUUAUAAUGAUCUCGUUAAAAAAUAUAAUUACGCUGAUUUCAAUAAAUAUUUUAAUGAACUCGUAUACAACAAAGAUAAAAACAUACCACCAAUCGAUCUUAAAUCAUUAUUACAAACAUCAAAUCAGGAUUUUAUAAAGCAUUACAAUAUAUCGUAUUAUGAUUUUGUGAAAGCAACACAGCAAGCCAAACACAUACACAAUCCUUUCAUAAUAUAUUAA